GAGAAAGUAUUGAGAAGCAGAUUGUGUAUUCGAAGCUUAAUGCUUCGAUUGUUCAUCGAUAAGAAUGUUGAUGUGAUGAAUAUCGAUGAUGAUAGAAAAUAAAUGAAGAAAUAAACAAAUAACAUAUACGAAUUGAUAUCAAUAUAUUAUCACAUUGACCAAUUCCUAAUUCAAUACAUUAUAUAAUAGUCAAAAAGUUAGUAACUCUCCCUACAAUUAAACAAAUCUUUGGAUUUAUUAGUCGUUAUUAAUCGAGGGGCUAACGAGAAUUAUCUUCCAUAUUUGAUAUUUGGGACAUUAAAAGAAUUAAAAUUGUGAAAGAGGAAAUAAAGAGGUUUAUUAAAUGAAGUCGAAUAUUUUUCUUCAUGAUUAUUUAAAAGGUUAGAGACGGAAAAGGAUGGGUUUCUUUUAAUAUUUAUUAAAUUUAUCUCGGUGGAAUUGGUUUUUUAUUAUAAAAGAUAUUAAAUUUCCUCUCAUAAUUUUAAUGAGAGGAAAUAGAGAUGGAGAAGGAUUUUCUUUUAAAAUUUAUGUCGGUGGAAUUGGUUUUUUUAUAAUAGAUAUUAAAUUUUCCUCUCAGUCAAUUUUAAUGAGAGGAAAUAGAGACGGAGAAAGAUUUUAUUUUAACGUUUUUAUUAAGAUAGGGGUGGUAGUGUUUUUUCAUGAUUAGCAUUUCUUAUGAUAGUAUUUCAUGAAUUUAAAUUUAUGUCUGGAGGAAAUAAAGACGAGGGUUUUCUUCAUAGGGUUAGUAUCGAAGAGUUGGGUAAUCACCAAUUUAUGUUGGUCAAAUGGUGAAAAUAUGAUGAUGAAGUGGUCCUAUAUGAUGUAUCGGUAAUGGACUGAUUGAUCAAGAUCUGAAUUAGAAAUUUGAAGACUAGCGUAAGACGCGUGAAAUAAGUAGGAAUAAUAUUAUUAUCUAUUUUUAUUUAAUUAAAUUUUAUAAUUAUUUUUAGCUUUACAAAAAUGGGAAUGCAUUAGAUCCCUGUUAUAGGAAGGCAGAGAGAUUGCAUAUACUACGAACCAAAGUCAACACUGUUUGGUGGUCGAUGUAAAAUAUUUUACAAUUGUAGCAUCAAAAGUUUUAUACUGGCAUGUGAAUCUAUAGAAAAAUGAUGUU